UGUAAAAACAUUCACGCCGAAUUUGUACAAUUGUGUAGUUGAUUAAAGAACAACUAAAAUGGCAACGGUGGAUAAUACUAAACGGAUUGCGGCGUUCUUAGGAGUACCACUAGGAAAAGUUGGAUACAACUCAGAGAAGAUUCUUACCCGUACGAAGUCUAACAACGAGCCGAGCAUUUCCGGAUUCUCCUCCAUUAUACAAUCCCUCGUGCGGGAAACAAAGGUAGUCGGACCACUUCCGCGGGACUUGGAAACAGAAUGCCAAAUUCUGCAGUGGCUCGAUUACUCCGUGCUUUUCGUUGCACCAUCCAACAAGGACAAACACGUCGCCAAACCCCUGCUGGAAGAGCUGAAUCACUUCUUGCAGAGCCGAUCGUAUUUGGUCCGGGAUACGCUUAGUGUGGCCGACGUGGUGGUAUUUCACACUAUUUAUGAAACAAUGACCUCUCUACAACCACUUGAAAAAGAAAGCUAUUUGAAUGUGUCUCGUUGGUUCCACCAUUUGCAACAAUUGGAUGAGGUUCGUCAAGGCAAGAUUCUACUCAAUUUUUCAACGUUACAACUUUUGGAAUGGGCCACAGGUACACACAUCUAAGCGCAGUAAAUUACAACGAACACUGCACAUCAAGAAGAACUGCUUGUCUACAGAAGUGCGAAGCAUAAAGAUUUACU